CAUCGCUGUGUUCGCAGCUCUAAUUCGCAAGCGUCAAGUCAUUCCGGCAUUUGUUUUUCGAUCUUUGUAAAGAAAUAAAAGAGAACGCAACAUGUUUCUAACCCGCUCCGAGUACGACAGAGGCGUGAACACGUUCUCGCCGGAGGGCCGCCUCUUCCAGGUUGAAUAUGCCAUCGAGGCUAUCAAGUUAGGCUCGACAGCCAUUGGAAUCUGCACUCCAGAAGGCGUCGUUCUGGCCGUGGAGAAGCGCAUCACAUCGCCCCUGAUGGUAUCCAGCACUGUAGAGAAGAUUGUAGAAGUGGACAAGCACAUUGGUUGCGCUACCUCCGGACUGAUGGCCGAUGCCCGGACCUUAAUCGAGCGCGCUCGCGUCGAGUGCCAGAACCACUGGUUUGUCUACAACGAGCGCAUGUCUAUCGAGUCGUGCGCCCAGGCCGUCUCCACGCUGGCCAUUCAGUUUGGUGACAGUGGCGAUAGCGAUGGAGCCGCCGCCAUGAGCCGUCCUUUCGGAGUGGCCAUUUUGUUCGCCGGUAUUGAGGCCGGCAAACCGCAACUGUGGCACAUGGAUCCCUCAGGCACAUUUGUUCGUCACAGCGCUAAGGCUAUCGGUUCGGGCAGUGAAGGUGCCCAGCAGAAUCUGCAGGAUAACUUCACCACUGAGAUGAGCCUCAACGAUGCCAUCGAGCUGUCACUCAACACCCUGAAGCAGGUGAUGGAGGAGAAGCUAAACUCGACCAAUGUGGAGGUGAUGACCAUGACAAAGGAGAAAGAGUUCUACAUGUUCACCAGGCAGGAGGUGGAGGAGCACAUUGCCAAAUUGGCGUAAUUUUGCGACUUUUGAUGGGUUAACUUUGAACGUAAUAUGUGAAUAAAUGGAUUCUAAAUCAAUAUUUUGCAUGCCA